CUCUUCAUUUUUGUUCACCCCCUUUUAUGCACAAUUAUCUUCUCCAAGGAAAUUGCACUAAUUCGUCCAUUACUAAAUCAUGAGAUCGAGUAUGACAACAAUCGAAUCGCGGAAAUUGUGGCUUAUCAAAGUUGAUCAGUUAUGAUUAGAUCGCAAGUCUAAUCAGCGCACACAAUGACAACAGUGUGCAACGUUUGAGAAUUAGACCGUUGUUUUGACUGGUAUCGCCUUGAAAUUCGGAACACCUCGUGUCGUACGGUCAGUUUAAGAUGGUUCUUUCUCCCGGGUUUGAUGACCUGGGCAGAUGGCGUUCUUUUUUCCACAAUUGAACACAAUGCGAUGGCUUUCUCCGUCCAUUCCGGGCAAGUCGCGCGUGAAAAUCGAUUUCGGUUACGAGACGAUAGAGUUAAUCUUAUGCGACGGGGAGGGGCAUCGACAAUUUCCGGCCAAUUCUUCGGUAACGGUGCAAUUUGGGCCGUCAAAGGAAAUUGCUCCCGUUGUCGGAUUGUCUUUUAUUUGACAAUACACCAAGCAGUCCAAAUAAUCCCCCGGAGCGACGAGGUUAGUUUUCACCUGUUUACUAAAAACCAUAUGUUCAUGCUGCUGGUCGCGUCAAGUGUAUCUCAUAUAUUCAUCUCCAGUCAAAAUUGCACGAAAUUAGUAAGUACACAACUACAUUUGAAAGAUUUCACACAUUCCACAUCCACUUCUCGACCCCGUUUUUAAAGGACGCGUUCGUCUUGGAAUUUUGAGCCUCUGUCGCGAAUUUGUCGGGUGUGUUUUCGUUGUUUUUCGCAUGAGAAUAGCAAGUUUUCGAGGAGGUCGAAGACGCAAAAGUUGCUUUAUCCAUAACGAAAUUUACAGGAAACAACUUGAAACAGAGAAUCUCUUUUGAAAACCGAGUCUGCCCUCUUGGGCAAAGGCCGUAAAUAUGGUGGACUAUUAUAAAGUUCUUGAACUGACAAAAGGAUGCAGCACAGCGGAUAUCAAAAAGGCUUACAGACGGCUUGCUUUAAAAUGGCACCCCGACAAAAACCCAGACAACCCAGAGGAGGCCAAUAAGAAGUUUAAAGAAAUAUCCGAAGCUUAUGAAGUGUUGUCAGAUGAUGGGAAGAGGAAGAUAUAUGAUGAGCAUAAAGCAAAUGGUAAGACGACCAACUCGUCUGGAUACCACCACCACUACUACCAUCACCAUCACUCUAAGCCGAGAACGUCGCCUUUCAGGAGUUUUUUCCAUACUCCUUUCCACCGGUUUUUCGAUAAGAAGAGGCGGAUGUACGACCAAUAUGGCCGAGAAGGCCUCAAUGACAGAAUGCCCAGAGGAAGAUCGAGGACGUUCAACGAUGCGGAUGACCUCGAAGGGCUCUUCGGAUUCCCAUUCACCUUUAGAGAUCCCGAAGAUGUCUUUAGGGAAUUCUUCGGAAAUUCUGGUCUUUUUAGAGCUCAUUCUUUUGAUUCUAAAAGGGGGCUUAAAGCCGAUGUUGGAGGCGGCCGCCAUGGUAUGGAUAGUCUUUCAACCAUAUUCUCACCUUUUGGCUUCAAUAUGGGGGCAGACAUGUUCGGCGAUAACUCGAGCUUCACAUCUUUCUCAACAUCCUUCGGCUCUGGGAUGGGGGGCAACGUCUCAAAAAGAACAAGCACAUCAACCCGUUUUAUCGAUGGAAAAAAGAUAACAACGAAAAAAGUGGUAGAAAAUGGGAAGGAGACGGUGAUGCAAUACGAAAAUGAUGUUUUAAAGUCAAAAACAGUCAAUGGAGUCAAACAGUCAUUAUCAUACCGUUAAAACCGUCCUUGCAACCCCUUCAUGUGUUUAUAAAAUUAUAUUAUUCCAUGUUGAAAAAAUAUAAUAAAUAAAUUAAAAUACGACAAAAACCCCUCCACCUAUUUAUCAUUUGUUUUGUUGGAACUUGGAAACAUCAAUUAAAAUAAUAAAUUUUAAAAAAUUGAAAUUGUA